CCCCCUCUCCUGCUCUCCAGCUUGGCCAUCAGAACUGAGCGAAAGGGAUUUAAUUCUUAAAUCCGACCAAGGAGCGAGAACCUUGCUCCAGUUUUUUUGGGGGGGUGGUUUAUUUUUUAUUAUUUUUAUUAUUAUUAUUAUUGGCUUCUUCUCUCUUUCCCUCCCCUCUUCGUUUUCUCUGCUGCCUCGGACAUUUCAGCCGUCUCUCCUCUGCAGAGGCGAAAAGAGCCCCUUGGAUCUAAGGGAGCGCUGACAGAAGAAUGUUUCGUUCCUAGGACGUGCUUGCCUCGGUUCCGGUCUCCUUCCAGGAUCGUCCCGAGAAUGCUCCUUUCUUUUCUCCCUCCUGUUCUUUUUUUCUUCUUGGCGUCUGCAGCUUCCUUUCCGAAGGACUUGACUCCGCUUAAUACUGUCAGCGUGGCAGGAACGGCCCAGUACCCUUAUUUCAGAGGCCUUGCGGGGGACAAUGACACAGCCCAGCUGGGACUGGAUUUCCAGAUCAUGCUGCAACUCAACCAGACCCUUUUCAUUGCUGCCCGAGACCACGUCUAUGCCUUUGAUCUCCGACGGACCAAGGACGACUUCUCUCCAAUCAGGCAUCUCACGUGGCGGACUCAGGAUAUGGGAAAGUGUGCAAUGAGAGGAAAACUUCAGAACGAAUGUUACAACUACAUCAAAGUCUUGGUUCUCAAGAACAACCAAAGCCUCUUGGCGUGUGGUACCAACGCCUUCAACCCGGUGUGUCGGACCUACAAGAUCAGCACCUUGGAACAGGAAGGGGAGGAGCUAAAUGGACAGGCGCGCUGCCCCUUCGAUGCGAAGCAGACCAACGUCGCACUUUUUGCUGGAGGGAACUUGUAUUCUGCUACUGUGGCUGACUUCCUGGCCAGCGAUGCGGUGAUCUACCGAAGUUUGGGAGAACGGAGUCCCGUGCUCCGGACUGUGAGAUACGACUCGAAGUGGCUGAGAGAACCCCAUUUCCUGCAUGCUCUGGAGUACGGCGAUUACAUCUAUUUCUUCUUCCGUGAGAUCUCCAUGGAGUAUACCACGCUGGGCCGGGUUAUCUUCUCCCGUGUGGGAAGGGUUUGUAAGAACGACAUGGGCGGAUCCCCGCGGGUUCUGGAGAAAUACUGGACGUCGUUCCUCAAAGCCCGCCUCAACUGCUCGGUGCCUGGCGACUCCUUCUUCUAUUUCGACGUCCUUCAGGCCGUCACGGACAUAACCCAGGUGAACGGACGGCCAGCCAUCUUUGGCAUCUUCACCACCCAAUCCAACAGCAUCACGGGCUCUGCCGUCUGCGCCUUCUACAUGGACGAAGUGGAGCGAGUGUUCAACGGCAAAUUCAAGGAGCAAAAGAACGCCGACGCAGCCUGGACGCCAAUCCCUGAGGAGAAAGUCCCAAAGCCCAGACCCGGCUGCUGUGCCGGCAUUGGCAAGGCUUCGGCUUACAAAACGUCCAACGAUUUCCCCGAUGAGAUGCUGGGAUUCAUCAAGUCCUUCCCACUCCUGGAUGAAGCUGUGCCAUCGGUCACAGAGCAACCGUGGUUUACCAAAACCACCAGCCGGUACAAGCUGACCCACUUGGCUGUAGACACGGCAGCUGGUCCGUUUCGGAAUUACACGGUUCUCUUCCUGGGCUCGGAAGACGGCACGGUGCUGAAAUUGCUCUCCCGGACCAACGAGAACGCCACAGUGGAGACGCUAUUGCUAGAAGAGGUCUCAGUCUAUCGUCCAUCCCGGUGUAGCGUCAAGAAGGAAGAUCGGCGGGUUCUGGGCUUCGAACUGGAUGAGGCCAACCAUGCCCUGUACGUGGCCUUCUCUGGCUGUGUGGUACGGGUGCCCCUCAGCCGAUGUGCUGCCUAUAGCACUUGCCGGAGGAGCUGCCUGGCUUCCCGUGAUCCGUAUUGCAUCUGGCUGCGCACCGGGGCUUGUGUCGCUUUCAGCGAUGGGAUCAGAAGCGGAUUCGAACAAGACGUAGAAAACGCGGCCAAGUACACGGGGAGUUGUCAAGAUGUCGUAACAGCCACCGGAAACCACGAUGGCACCAGCAACUCUGCGUAUGGAAAGAUGCAGACCACCACGCCCGCAAUCUCCGUACCUUUCCCAGAGGUGCCUACGGGGUCUCAUCCCGCUAGCAUAGCGCCUGACGCACGCCCGGCCCCUGGCGUUGGGAACCCCCGCUCCACCCUCCACGUGGCUGUGAGCACACAGGGGGUGAGGCAGGAACCGGAGGGGAAAGACGGCGCCAAGACGGUCCAUUUCACCUUCCUGAUUGGCUGCAUUUUCGUGGCGUUCCUCUUGGGGGCGUUCCUGUCGGGCCUCUUCGUUUCCUGUUACUGCAACCACGCCUUCCAGAAGGGCAAACACGCCGGCAAGGACCCCGAGAGCGGCAUGCAACGGCCGCUGUCCCUCCGCAGCCUGGCCAAGAUGAACGGCCUGAUGGAGAGCCAAGCCAAGGAAGGGAUGGUGGAGGCGUCCGCCACGAAGCUGUACACCACGCUGCUCCCCAGCGAGAAGGAGCCGCCCAGCGCGACGGCCAGGGCCGGCGUCAAGGACCACCCGGAGCUGUCCGGCUUGCCCACGCCCGAAUCGACGCCGGAGCUCCCGUUGAAGAACAUGAAGGCCAUCCGUAACCAGUGGGAGAAGAACCACAACUUCAACAACGCCAAGGAAUCUCAAGGGAAGUCCCCGCUCUUCCACACCCCGGUCUCCAACGCCCACGCUUACCCGUUUCCCAGCGCCAUGGCGGUCCCCAGCAACCUCCACGGCUACGACGCGCCCUUGGCGGGCUACCUGGAUGAGAAGAAGAUCCCGAACUCGGAGCGGGUCCUGGUACGCCACUCCCAGUGCUACCUGCCCAAAGGGGUGGAGGUGACGACGCUGGAAGAGCUUCUCAAACACCUCCACGAAGCCAACGGCUCGCCCAAGAAGGCCCUGGGCGGCCUCCCCCUCCAUUUCCCAUCAGCCACCCCCCAUUCCGCCAUGUCCUUCGCCAACCGGGUGCAGCCCAAGAUCCCGGACGUCGAGAGCGCCCCCUAUUACAGCUCGUCGACCUUGCCGAGGGACAGCCUGCCCCGGAGGUUGGACGUACCCCCGGACCCGCCCCCACAGGCCUGCCUGGAGAAGCCAGGCCGGCACCCCUCUCACAGACAUUCGCUCUGCGUCGCCCCGAAGCUGGUGAACGUUGGGGGCGGGGGGAUGCUGUCGCGGCAUCACAGCCUCAGCCAGUCGGGGAGGCCGCCGCCGGCCCUCCUCACCCGCAUGCACUCCACGGGCACGUCGGUGCCCCAGGAAGGCCACCCCGCCAUCUUCCUGCCCAGACAGCACAGUUACGGCGACCAGCUCUCGCUGCCCAGCCACGGCGGCAUCAAGCGGUCCAUCUCCUUGAUCAAGCCGGGGGUCCCGUCCCAGGCCAUGUUCAUGCCUUCGUCCCCUCCGGCCCAGGCCUCCGGACAGUUCAAUUACUGAGCCCCCAGGGCGGGAGGCGUGUCCGCCCCUGGGAGCCGGAACCGCACGGCGCAGAACCUG